CUAAAAUGAGAACAAGAGUAAGCGUUUUCUUGAUCUUUAGACAGGCAGAUCUUUCCAGCCUCACUACAAGGUCUCAGCAGUUAGGCAUUCUCAAUGAGAUAGAGCGCUAUAGGAGUAGAGCCAUGCGCCAAGUCGGCUACUUCAAACAGUGGGUGAAGGUACAACCCGGCAAGCAAGAGAAUAAGCCAAGUGGCUUCAGACAAAAUAAAUCUAAGAUCAGGUCAAUUCAGCAAUGACUGGGUAAUGACCUUGGUAAUGAGCAACUGAAUAUACAAGAAUAUUUUAUAUCAAGGUCAAUUCACAAAGUUCCAGCUACACAUAUGAAGCAAUCAGCUAAAAUUGAAGAGAUUUUGAAAGCCAACAAGCAAUUUACUCCCUCAAAGGCAAUAAAUAAAAGUGCAGAAAAAUCAACUACAGCCAUCAGUUCUCCUUUGAAAUAGCUCCAUCUUGAACGAACCAAAGUACAAAGCUUCCUCUCUGGAAUACUCUGAAAAGAAAAACCGCAAAAAGAUAUUGAUAAAUAGAGUAAAGCAAAAGGAUCCUAACUACAUCCAGUUGUAUAUUGGAAUACCGAGUAAAAAGAAGUCUAUUCAGAGCACAAAACAUACCAAGUCGAAGAUUUUCUAUCCAAAUAAAGAUCAAGAGAUUAUUUUUAUGCAAAACCCAAAACAAAAUCAGACAACAUCCCAAACUUAUUCAGAUAUGGCUGUGAAUCAAUGUCUUCCUCCUGAGCAAAGUAUCAUUGAAAAAGAGCAUUUUGAUAGUUUCUUAAAGAUAACUAAAAGGACGAGAGCUUGCCAGAGUAUCCCUUUGAACUCGACUGAUCCACAGAUGUCUUCAAAGAGAAGUGUUCAGAGAUUCCAGCCAAACUACUACUUAAAUAAAUACCAUGGAGAGGAGAAAGUAGCCAGAAAGAAGGAUUCUAAAUUUGCAGCUGCUUAUUUCAGCCAUAAAUUCAAGUAUGUAAUCGCUCCAGGUAAUAACUCAAAGUUGAUCAGAGAGGUAAUGAAACAGAGAAGCUGGUGGAUAGAGAUUCCAAAUUACAAUUCCCUGUACAACUUCAAGUGGCAACCUUUUUCAAAAGGCAUCAAAUUUGAAGAUCUUGAUAUCCACACUCUGAAAAGAGUCGUAAAUCACCUGGAAGGACAUCCUCAGCUGAGCCAGAAGAGAAAGAUGUUUGAGAACAUCAGGAGAUAUUGACAGAUAAUCAAGGCUAAUUGCUUUGAUUUUGUUCCUCUCACUUACUGCAUAGAUGUAGACACAAGUAGCACUAAUUGUAUCAAUGGAGCUUUGUCUGAGUUUUCAGCAAUUUUUAAUAUUUUUGAGAAAAAUAAAAAGAAUAUACAAGAAUUGCCUCUGGAUGAACAAGGAGAGAUAAAGAAUGAAUUUUUAGAUAGAGAUCUAACACUUCCGCCACCUUCAAAAGACCAACCGAAUCUUUUGCCUACUAAGAUAUUUAAUUUACCUUCUAAAGGUGGUGGUUCAGGGUAUAUUAUUCCAACUAUGCCUCUAAGUCAUUUCUCAGGUAGCAAUUUCUGGAUUCUAAAGGCUAUCAAUCUCAAUAGAGGGAGAUGAAUUCAUGUGUUUAAUAGCUUACAAGAGCUUAAAUAAAAUUUUAAAGCAAUACAGUCUUGGAGAUAGUAAAAGAGAACAACCCUUCGAGGCAAUUUAUUCGCAACCUCAAUCCACAGAACCAAGCUCAAAGCCUAGUAGUGUCAAGAACAAGGUCAAGAAAGUAGAAAUGAAGAGUUUUGUAAUUCAAAAAUACAUCGAAAGACCUUUCCUGAUUCAUGAUAGGAAGUUUGAUAUUAGACUUUGGGUCCUAGUGAGCCAUACAGGCAAGUGACACUUCUUUAAAGAAGGAUAUUUAAGAACAUCUGCUACGAAGUUUAGUAUGGAUGAUAGCAACCCUGACGAUCCCCAUGUACACCUUACUAAUAAUGCUAUCCAAAAAUCGCUAAAAGGAUAUGGUCAGUUUGAAGAUGGCAAUCAGCUAUCAUUCAAACAGUUCCAAGAAUAUCUUGACUCUAUCGAAGAUUGUAAUGUUGAUUUUAAGAGAGACUGAUUGCCUCAGAUUAAGAAUAUUAUUAGGCAUACUUUGCUAGCAGCCAGAAAGCAACUUAACAACAACAAGGGCAGACUUGGAUUUGAGUUCUUCGGGUUUGAUUUCAUGCUGGACGCAGACUUCAAUGCAUGGUUGAUAGAGGUCAACACAAACCCUUGAAUCGAAGAAAGUUCCGAGAUGCUAAAGCAUUAUCUGAGAAGAAUGAUAGAUGAUAUGAUGAAGCUUGAACUUGAUCCUCUAUUCCCAAAACCCACCAAACCAAAGAAGGCAACCCCAAAAUCACGCAGAGGAAAGAUUACACACAAACGGCUAUCUAAACUCAAAGAAACCUAAAUUUUCAAUCCUCCUCACCCAAAUC